AUGCCAAAGAGGACUCGUUCUAAAAGAACUGCAGUGGUAGUUCCCGAUUCUGAACACCACUCUGGUGGUUCUGGCAUUGAUGACGAAAGCAUUCCUAAAUAUCAAGCUCAAGUAGUAAUUACUAAUGAACCGUUUAUAUUGAACGAGGACGAAUCUUUGUCAGAAAACGGUGAUUUGGAUCAACAGAACGAUGAUGCAAAGGGCGAAAAAGAUAUGUAUCAACCAACUUCUAGCGAAGAGGAAAGUGAAGAGCUAUCCGACUCAUCAGAAUAUUCGCCUAAAAGAAGGUUGUCACAGCGUCAUGUGACAUCUAAAAGAAUCAAUUACAGCGAUGACAAGUAUUAUAAGAAAGUACAUAAAGUAUUUGAUGAUUUUUAUGAGCAAUUAUCAUCGGAAGAAGAAUCCACAUCAAGAAAACAAAGAAAACCGAAUAAUGAUGAUCCAUCACGGCCAAAAAGGCGGCCCAGACGAAAAUCUGCAAAGAAGUCGGUUGAUUAUGAUGAAAAGGGCUAUUAUAAGAAGUUUGAGACUGCACUUAAUGCUAGACUUGCUAAAAAUUAA